CAGUCACUCUUCCACAUUUCCUCAUACUGCACGCAAUUGGUGGAGAAAAGAAUUUUCCGCAAAUGCACUUUUGAAAGCGAAAUCGGAAAUAUCCAUGGUGGAAGCUGGCGCUACCACCAAGGAAGUUACAUGGACUGUAUAAAAAGCUACUGCUUUCCAUUUUCAAAGCAUUGCAGUCAUUACUUCUUGAGUGAGUAGGCAUAAGUGAAUUUUAGUUGGGCUUCCGAGGAUUCCGUAGAAUGAAUUUGAAGUUGACGGUGUUGUUGAUUAUGAUGUGCAUAAUCACAUUUUUCCAGGAAGGUUCCAGUGAACAUUAUAAAAAGAAAAAAGUUGUCAUCCAUGUCCCGAUACAUAUUAAGGAACACAAACACGUUCACACUAUCGUCAAGCAUGUUCAUCAUCACCACAAGCCUAUCAUAACUAAGGAAGAAAAGAUUAUUGAAACCCCGAUUCAUAUUAAGGAAGAAGAAGCCCAUGAACACUUUCAUCACCACUACAAGCACGAAGAACCUCAUGAGGAAGGACAUAUUUUUGAAUGAAAUAAAAUUUUUUUUAAUUUAGUGAGACGUUUGUUAAGUUUUAUGUUAUCUAUUUACCUUCAAAUAAUUUUUAUUUGAAUUUCCAAAUAUAAACAGAUUUUUUCGGAAA